UUGCGGAGGCGGGCCCGAGCGGGUCAUUUAAGCGGAAGUGUGCGCAGACCCACGUGGGCGUGGAAAAGGAGGCGGGUCUUGCGGGCCCUACUACCCUAGCCUACCGGCAGCCAUUCGGAGCGUGCUUCCUGAAUGACCUGGCGCGAGGCCUGGAGACCCCCUCACAACCCGCGGAGUCUGCGCCACUGACUUCCGGGAACCGGGCUCUCCGUGACGUCAAACGCGGAGACUUCCGUUUCCGCUCGGGCGGUGUGGCUCAAUUGCUAGGUCCUCCAGUUCUCGCCGGAUUCCCACGGGUCCUCGCAGAGGACCAAGCAAGUGGCCGCUGCCGGCCUGGGGCCCGGGUGUGAAGGCCAGUGUUUGAGGACUUGGAGCUAGACCUUUUGUGCGCCCUCCUAUCCAACAAUAAUUUGUUGAACAUCUACUCUGCAAGAUGCUGUAACUAGGCUGGGAUGAGUUAAUGUGGUGUCUACUUUCAUUUGCUUUAGAAGACAGACUUGCAGAGAAGUAGGUACCCUACAGGGUAAGGUGUUGAGACGCACAGGGACAAUACUGGGGUGAAGUGAGUUGGGCACUGAAUGCACGAGGAAGCCCCAAAACUCUGUAAUCAAGGAUGAUGACUGUCUCAGUAGUAAAGUCUGCAGAAGUUCUGUACGUCGGUAGCCUCUAUCCCUGUCCAAAGAGCAGAUUCCACGAAACCAUUGAAUUUGUACCUUGUAACACUUGGGGAAAGCCAGAGAGAAUGAAAAAGAACUCAGCUAGGCGGUGUUGGCUCAGAAUCUAGGCAAUUCUUCAGACGAUCAUGGGUAUCCGAGGACUAAUGAGUUUUGUAGAAGAUCAUAGUAAUGAGUUCUUCACUGAUGUUAAGUUGCGAGACACAAAAAUUAUCAUUGACGGCUAUGCCCUCUUCCACCGGCUUUACUUCAAUUCAAACUUGGAGCUGCGGUAUGGAGGGGACUAUGAUUCUUUUACAGAUGUUGUACAAAAAUUCUUUGAAUCACUAUUUGCUUGUAAAAUCUGUCCAUAUGUUGUCUUAGAUGGAGGAUGUGACAUUUCAGAUAAGAAGCUUAACACUUUAAAGGAUCGAGCUAGGGAGAAGAUCCAGAUGGCCCAUUCCCUUUCUGUUGGUGGGGGUGGGUAUGUGUGCCCCUUACUCAUCCGAGAGGUGUUCAUACAGGUUCUGAUCAAGCUGCAGGUAUGUUUCGUCCAGUGCUUUUCGGAAGCAGAUCGGGACAUCAUGACCCUUGCUAAUCACUGGAAUUGCCCCGUGUUAUCGUCCGAUAGUGACUUUUGCAUUUUUGACCUGAAAAGUGGGUUUUGCCCAUUGAAUGGCUUUCAGUGGAGAAAUAUAAACACCAUCAAGGGCACACGAGACUGCUACAUCCCUGCCAAGUGCUUUUUCCUCGACGCGCUGUGCUGUCACUUUGGCAACAUGAACAAAACGCUGCUGCCUCUUUUCGCAGUGCUGUGUGGAAAUGACCAUGUUAAUCUGCCUGUCAUGGAGACGUUCUUGAGUAAAGUACGACUCCCUCUUGGGGCUGCCAGUUCUAAGGGUAGGAGACAUCACCGGGUGCUGGGACUUCUAAAUUGGUUGUCUCGUUUCGCUGACCCUACCGAAGCGUUAGACAGCGUUCUGAACCAUCUCCCCAAAAAGAAACGAGGAACCGUGAAGGCACUUCUGUGCAGCUCCAUGGAGGAGUACCUGCAGGCCCAGGGAAGGCUUCAGGACUUCUUCCAGCAUGGUGCUUACGCCUGCCCAGACAGCUGGAAUCCCGGUUUACCACCGUGGGUGCUUGCGGCCUUAGCCAGGGGCCAGCUGUCCCCUUUCAUCAGCGAUGCUCUGGUGCUGAGACGGACCAUUCUCCACACACAGGUGGAAAACAUGCAGCGACCAAAUGCCCACAGAAUCUCUCUGCCCAUCCGGCAAGUCAUCUAUGGGCUCCUCGUGAAUGCUCCUCCACAUGUGCGUAAUGUGGCCUGGGAUGCACUGCCUCCUCAGCCUCCAACUUUCAGCGAAGUGGAAAGAAUCAAUAAAAAUAUCAAAACAUCAAUUGUAAAUGCAGUAGAACUACCCAAAGAUCAUUCUGACCUAAGCAAAUUGACUGAGCUCUCCUUGGCUAGCCGGCAGAUGCUUCUGUUAGAAACGCUGAAGGUGAAACAGAGCCUCCUGGACCCAGUCCCUGCCGCGCUGAAGUUGCCUGUCGCUGUCAGCUGCUACUGGGUGCAGCACGCAGAGGCCACACUAAAGCUGCAUCACCUACAGGCCCUGCUGCUGGGGAUGCUGCUGGGGCCCUUGCGUGCCAUGGUCAGCAGCCCAGGGCAGAAAGCUGUGCGGGGCGGCGGUGCUGAGACGCUGUGUGAAGAGCUGCAGAGAGUGAAGGCGCCCCCAGGCACACGGCUGGACUUAGACACGGCCCACGUCUUCUGUCAGUGGCAGUGUUGCCUGCAGAUGGGGCUGUAUCUCAACCAGCUGCUGUCCACGCCUCUCCCGGAGCCAGACCUGACUCAACUGUACAGCGGGAGCCUGGUGCACGGGCUGUGCCGGCAGCUGCUGACGUCGGCCUCGGUGGAGAGCCUCCUGCGCCUGUGUCCUGAGGCCCAGCAACUCUACGGACAUCUGUUCAACGCCACAAGGUCCUGCGCCCCUGCUGAACUCUUCCUACCAAAGGGUAGAUUAAAUCCAAAAAGAAGAAAGCAGAAGAAAUCAGGUGUCAGCUCGUCAGAGAACAGAGUGGGAACCACCCUGAACGCUAGGAGUUGGCAUGAAGGAAGCAAUCGGUUUGAGCUGUUGAUGGUGGAGACCUUGGAGAAUGAGGCAGCCCCGGAGCUCGAAUAAACUGUUAUAUAAUUCUUAUCAAGAAUUUGUGUUACCUCCAUUGAAAUGAGUUUUUCUUUAGAAUUAAUCGGUGAGAGGAUAAACAUGCAGUACUUUGAAUCGCAAAGUAUUUUGUAUUCUGCUUUUGACAGUGAUUUAAGUAAACUUUUUGUAUUUCUUAAACACAUGUGAAAAUAUGUUUGUACUUGCCACGUUCCACUUCAGAAAGUUAAUAAUAGUCUAUAGUCUUCAAAUUGCAGCAACUCAGUCCAAGCUAUGUUUUUUCAAAAAGAACAGAAGUCCUAUGUCAGUUACUUCCUAUAAGCUGAAGCUGACUUACCAUCAUUUAAAACAACUUUUUUACAACUAUGUCUUCUUCAUCCUUUAUUAGGAAAGGUCUACGCCCUGGAUGAUAGAAGCAGCCAGACAGAAAAUGAGACUCUUAAGUACUUUGACAAGAGCCCAUGGCAGGGCUGAUGAGCACUUUUAGAACAGAAAUUGAAACUGUAAUGGUCCCAACAAUAGAAGAAACAGCAUCCCGGUAAUGGGAUUUUCAAAUAAUUUGAUGUCAUAGCCAGCAUUUUUAAAUGGAAUUAUCAGAUACACAUAUCGUGGAUUGUGCAACUUCUUACUGUGGACUGCAGUCAAGACUUUGAAAGGCACUGCUCUGGAACACACUAGAGGCUACCAACAUUAGAAACACCUACAGAACAGUAAAGACAUGGCCAGUUCUAAAUAAAGAAUUGAAAGUAGAAAAGCAAGUGGAAUGAAUACAUUUGGGCAAGAUCUGAGGGUGUUCCUGCUGUCUUUACUGUCUCAUUGCUAUAUUCCGUCAGCAGCUAAAUGUGGUUUCAGCUGUUUUUUGAGCAGGCCUAUCUUCAGUUAUUUCUGUACUAUUUAUGGGGUUCUCACGGCAAGAAUACUGGAGUGGUUCACCAUUUCCUCCUCCAGUGGACCCCGUUUUGUCAGAACUCUCCACUAUGACCCAUCCAUCUUGGGUGGCCCUGCACAGUAUGGCUCAUAGUUUCAUUGGGUUAUGCAAGCAUGUAAGAUCUCUGUCAUAUCAUAAUCCUUGAUUCUUGGAGCUGGGGGCCAGUGGAGAAAUUAUACUAGUAGCAGUGUCUUAUUUCCCGACUUAUCAUCAACACUGCUUUUUUAAAAAUAUUUUUAAUUAGAGGAUAAUUGCUUUACAAUAUUGUGCUGCUUUUUAAAACCACCAACCUUGCAUGAAAAACCACUCUUUCCCAGUUCUGCUUUGGCAAGUGUACUGAUUUGAUAGGCCCCAAACUGAAGAGUGUAGGGCUACAUAAUUUAAUUGUGUAGGGCUACAAUUCAAAAUUGAAUUGUAUCAUUUACCUUUUUCUUUCAUUAACAGGAAUUUUUCAAUCGAAGGAGCCUUCCUUCUUUCAGGAGACAUAAGAAAACAGGUUCCUUUCUUUCACUGUUGGAAUUAGGGCCAUUCACGUGAAACUAUCUAGCCUUGCAGUAAAGUUAAAAUCUAAUAAUGUCCAUUAACUCUUACUCUGAGAAUUCAGGAAAGUUACCUACUUUGGUAUGUAUCUUCUCCUGUGUAUAUUAAGCAAGAGGUCACAAGUGCUCCACAGUACAUCCGAGGGGGGUUACCAAAGAAAUAUGACAUAGUACCUGACCCCCAAAGUCAUACUUGUGUAAGCUGCAAGGGGAGGUGAGGCAGUGAAAUAAUGAGAACAUUUUAUGAUGCAGUUCAUCAGAUGCAAAAUGGCAAAGUAACAGACGGAAGGCUACAAUCAGGAGAGAGCAGCCAUGAGGACAAGGAGGCAAAACGUGAGGAUUCUUAGACAUGGCUUUUGAUCUUGGCUGUGAGAGAGGGAUGUGAUUCAGAGGUGGUACGGGAGGGGCUGGGAGCAUGUGUAGAACGUCACGUACUCCACUUGGAAAACCUGUUUCCUAUGUUUUUAAUCAAGUCUUUAGACCUUGCUCUUUCGAUUUAGUUCUAGCUACUGAAAUUUCACUUGAGUCUUUGGGGAUGUUACGUCUUCAAUUAGCAAUUUAAGUAAUAAAAAGAACUUUGGACAGCUAAGAUCAAUAAGUUUUAGGAAUAAAGCUGGAGAGAAAAAAAACACUAUAAUAUGAAGUUGUUCUCUUUUUAGCUGUGAUUAAACUUUUGUACAAGUCCUUUUUGAGAUGUGGACGUGGAAAGUUGAAUGUGUAUAUCCUAUAAAUAUAAAGGUCUUAAUAAUUACAACAAAAAAAGGAAUUCAAAUUAAUUUCAUAUUUGAAUUUCUAACUCAAACCAAUUAGUUUUAGAAGCUAGAAAGAUCUUACAAUUAUCUUUUCCUCCUUUGUGCAUAAAAUAAAUGAACCAAUGACUAUGUCUCAGUUACCCUAUCUGCUGGAGUAGGAAAUGGCAACCCACUCCAGUAUUCUAGUCUGGAAAAUUCCAUAGACAGAGGAGCCUGGUGGGCUACAGUUCCUGGGGCUGCAAAAAGUUGGACACGACUGAGCAUACACACACACCCUAUCUGUAAAACUGGAAUCAGAAUAGUUUGCAUUGUUGUCCAAGAGAUAAAAUGAUGUGUACUUUUAAGUUAGUUAGCACAAUGGCCAGCACUAAAAACAUGCCACAAAUGACAGCUAUUAUUAAAUCCACCCCUGAGAGCCAAGAGCAAAGCAAGGGCUCUGGGAGAAAUGAGGGUGCUGGGCAGAAACAUAAGGCAUCGUGAAACCAGUGGCUGCCAGAGCUCAUGGCAGACUCUUGCAGAGGCAAAGCAGGUCAACAUUGUUAAAUUAGCAUCUGAGUUGAGAAGGGCAAGAACGUGAGAACACGAGCGCAGCUUUAGCAGAGCUGCCAGGCUGAAGCCACACUGGGAAGUGGAGAAGUGCUGGGAGGGCGCGAAGCAGCAGCCAAGCUCAACUCCAGGAAACAGUGAAUGAAGACCAGAAGGAACAGGCCCUGUGUGAGAAUCGUGCUGCUUCUGUCCUUUUUUCUUGUUAUCGAGGAAUUUUCUGUAGGGUUUUUAAACCCAAUUUGAAAGACUUCAGGACGUGUUUAGAGACGAGAAAAUUAGGAGCAAGAAAUACCUUUUCCUGGUAACAGCUGCAAAGGUUAUAUCCUGGCCCUGUUCCAUAACCCUAAGGAGACCAGUCUCCCACAUAGUGAGGCUUCCAGAGACUUCCUGAGCACUGCUCUCUAGCACAUGCUAUUUGACUGGUUUGCACACCACAAACCAGGCAGCACCCAGGAACCACUCGCAAGACCAGGAGAAAUAAUUCCACUUCUGUAAAAGGACAAACUCUCACUAGUAUCUGACUUCAGACACAGUGACCCUGGAUUCUUAGUGAGCUGUUAGUGGAGUACUCAGUAUUUAUCUCAUAAUGUCUUUCAUUGGUGCAUUUCAAUCAGGGCAGCUAGAAAUGAUUCUGUACUUGUACCAAUUUAAAAUGAAAUACUCUUUAUUUAGGAGAGAUGUCCAUUAAAAAGAUGGCUCUCCACUUGUAGCAACAGCUUUCUGAGCCAUACAGAAUACGUUGCUUUAGCAUUUCUUCCCAGGUCUGAAUAAUGCUAUAAUUCAAGCCCAUCUAGCUGUAAUAAUUCUAAGAUGAGAACUUCCUGCUGAGGAAGAGCAUUUUAAAUAUCAAAGGCAUGGACUGCCCCCAGGCAGUGUACCAGUCUGUUAAAAUGGGUGAAAGAAAUGAAGAGGUAAAACAUGGAGAAUUGUUCCAGCUAGUUUCAAUGGAUUUGGUGUUCAGGGAGAGAAAUUCCAUAUGUUACAUAUGCACAUACAAUCACUUUUUUUGGCGGGGGGGGGCCUCACCAUGUGGCUUGUGGGAUCUUAGUUCCCCAACCAGGGACUGAACUCAGGCAACACCAGUGAAAGUGCCAAGUCCUAACCACUGGAUCACCAGGGAAUUCCCCCACAUGCAAUCACUUUUAUUCCUAACUAGUAUAGGUAACAUUUUAGGUAUUUGAUUAAUAUAGCUAAAGUUUUGAUUAAAAUAGCUAAAUUGUAUAUAUUCUAAGAAAUUUUCCCAUUAUCAGUUUAGGAGAUACUUGGGAGAUUUCUGUGUACAAUAUAACCCACUAUCAUUAGGAUCAAGGAAUACCUAGGAAUGUUUUUGCAAAAAAUGAAACAGAACAAUAAGAAUGUAUCAAUACUGGAUUUUUGAUAAUUUAUAAGACUGAAUCAUUUGACUGUGUGAAAACAUUAUAACCAUCACAUGAGCUAGCAUACAAGAUUGGAAAGACUUUUCACACAUGUUGAUAUAUAUAUAUAAUGAGGGCUUUUUGGAGGAUUAACUGAAGUGCUUAUUCUUCUUGAAAAAUUGCUGUGUGUGUAUCCAGCCAUCACCCCCCUCCCCAUCUUCCUAUGUCUGGUUUAUGUGUGUUCCUUGUAACAAGGGAAUAAAUCAAAGGAUGUUGACAGUAAAAACAAGUCUACUCUGCAGUGUCUCAAUGCAUGCUGCCAUGGAUGCAGAGUAAUGAGCUCUAUUUCAAAAUAGGUGGAUUAAUCUACUUAUUAAAAGUGAAUUUGUUCUGCUAUGGAAACCUCUUUUUUGAGUAAAUACGUAUUAAUAUUACUCUAAAAAAUGGAGUUAAUAAAAUACCAAUGAGAACUGCUAUAAAUCACUGUUUAAACUGCCGUAACAACACAGCAUUUUUUUUAUUAAAAGGAAAAAACCUUAUUUUCAGAUUUCCUAUUCAGCUGUCAUUCAGUAUUUCUAUAGCACGGGGUGGAGUUGAAAAUGAGGGAACUGGGGGUUCUGUUGUGGACUGUUGCUGUUUUUUAGUCUCUAAGUCGUGUCCAACUCUUUUGCAACCUCAGGGACUGUAACCCUCCAGGCUCCUCCACCCAUGGGGUUUCGCAGGCAAGAAUACUGGAGUGAGUUGCCAUUUCCUUCUCCAGGGGAUGUUCCCAACCCAGGGACUGAAUCUGCAUCUCCUGCAUUAGCAGGUGGAUUCUUUACCACUGAGCCACCAGGGAAACCUUGGUGGAUAUGUUAAGUUAAACAUAGCUUUUAGGUGCUUAAAUAGAAGCCUAAAUUAAAGUCCUUGAGUGUUGAGAUUAUGUUGAGAUUAUGAAAUGUUUUCCUCCUCCUCUGUUUACAAAUAUCUCCAAUAAGUAUUUUGUACUAUUGUAAUCCCUUUAAAAAAGAAAGAGGAACUAGACAUCAAAUUGCCAACAUUUGCUGGAUUGUAGAAAAGGCAAGGGAAUUUCAGAAAAAUCUCUGUUUCAUUGACUAUGCUACAGCCUUUGUCUGUGUAGAUCAUGACUAACUGGAAAACUCUUAAAGGGAUGGGAAUACCACAAUACAGAUCAUCUUACCUGUCUCCUGAGAAACGUUCUGUGCAGGUCAAGAAGCAAGUUAGAACCCUCUAUGGAACUGAUGGGUUCAAGAUGGAGAAAGGAGCACAGCAGUGCUGCCUGCUGUCCCCCUGUCUGUUUAACCCAUAUGCUGAGCACAUCAUGAGAAACGCUGGGCUGGAUGAGUUACAAACUGGAAUCAAGACAGUGAGAGAAACAUCAACAGCCUCAGAUAUGCAGAUACCACUCUAAUGGGAAAGCAAAGAGGAAUGAAAGAGCCUCCUGAUGAGAGUGAAGGAGAAUGAAAAGAGCUGGCGUAAGACUAAAUAUUAAAAAACUAAGAUCAUGGCAUCCGGCCCUAUUACUGCAUGGCAAAAAGAAGGGGAAAGGGUGGAAGUAGUGACAGGUUUCCUUUUCUUAGGCUUCAGAAUCACUGUGGAUGGUGACUGCAGCCAUGAAAUCAGAAGAUGAUUGCUUCUUGGCAAGAAAGCAGUGACAGACCUAGACAGCAUGUUGAAAAGCAGACACAUUACUCUGCCAACAAAGGUCCGUAUAGUCAAGGCUAUGGUCUUCCCAGUGGUCACAUACGGUUGUGAGACCUGGAUCAUAAAGAAGGCAGAAUGCCAAAGAAUUGAUGCCUUCGAACUGUGGUGCUGGAGAAGACUCCCGAGAGUCCCUUGGACAGCAAGAUUGAACCAGUCAAUAUUAAAGGAGAUAAACACUGAAUCAUUCCACUGGAAGGACUGAUGCUGAAGCUCCAGUAUUUUGGUUAUCUGAUGUGAACAGACAACUCAUUGGAAAAGUCCCUGAUGAUGGGAAAGAUGGAGGGCAGAAGGAGAAGGGGCCAUCAAAGGAUGAGAUGGCUGAAUGGCAUCACGGACCCAACAGGCAUGAGUUUGAGCAAGCUCUGGGAGAUGGUGAAAGACAGGGAAGCCUGGCAUGCUGCAGUCCAUGGGGUCGGAAAGAGUUGGACAUGACUGGGUGUCUGAACAACAACAACUGUUAUAAUCAGAGAACUGUCUGUAAUAGUUGAGAUUCUAGGAAGGGUGCCAUUAAGCAAGCAAGCUUCUGACAGUUCCUGUCUAGCCCCCCAAAACUGAUAAAAACAAGAGGCAAAAAAGGUAGGCAGGGGGCGUUUGGUACUGAAACCUGGGAAUGGUGACAUUCACAAAUCCAAGUUCCCAAUCAAAGCACUAUAGUUCUGUAAGCUCCCAGAUUUAUGCAAGUCUUUUUUAAAGACACUGACCCUAUUAUGAUCAUCAUAAAUCAUUUUGCAAAGCUAUUUUGUAAGUCGGACAGCCAAGGGGAAUUCACUAAGAAAUCCUGUCAUAACUUUACUGUAGCAAUAUACUGUGCAAAUAUGUUGGUUUAGAAUGUUCUUUCUGAGACUGGACUGAUACUAUAUUUUGAAUAAUAUACUUCAGCCUGCUCAAACAAUGACGCCUGUUUUUGUGUUUGUGUUCGGAGGAAGCAACUGACAAGAAGGAAGUCCAUCCAAGGGUCUAAGGAGGACAGGUAAACAGAAGAGCAGACUCUGCAAUAGUAGCUUAGGUGAGUGGGGUGUGUGUGUGUGUUGAAGAGCAUAACUCUGAUGGGACAACAGAUCAGAACACUCCAGCCCAUUCUAAGAGGGAGCCUUGGUGAUGAGGUGGACCAGUAACGGCUGCCACGUCCUUCCUGUUGAUGACGUUCUGAGAACAGACUGUCUCUGACUUCUUCCACAAAUAGGAGCCUUGGUGGAGACCCAGGAGUCACUGACAGCAAAUCUGGUAUCAGCUGCAUCCAUUUCAGACAGAAUACCUUGUUGAGACUGGAGGGUGGAGAAAAUUGAUGCCACCUCCUUUCUGGUCCACUGAACACACUGCAGAGGCCUUAUUCUGCUCUUUGUGAACAGCUACAUCCGAGGCAACCUUCUUCUAUGAAAGACCAACAUGAAUGCAGUGGUGAACAAUAUGGAAGUAAAUGUGAGUACUUGUGUACCAAUAAAAUUGGUGGGCCAUAGUCUCUCAUCCCCUACACUAAAUUAACAGCCCUAUGUGGGUGAGUUAAGACAUUAAAUAGUUUCUCUUAAUUUUUAACACCUCUAAUUCAUGGGCUAUCUAUCUAGACCUGUUCCAUGAAGAAAGAUGCUUAUAAAUUCCAAUGCAGUUAUAUUAUGCAACUGUAUGGAUGAAUAUGAUAAAGGACCAUGAAGACACACUCAUUUGUAACUCCCUAAAAUCCAUCUAGCAAUGCUUCAAUAUGAAAUCUGUCAUAUCUUUUUUAUCAAGCAUACACUUUUCUGCCAUUUGGUUGGGGCCUGCUAUGUAUUUCUCAAAGAUAAUAUUUUGUGAGACUCUCAUAACCAGUUGUUUCAUACUGGCUUUUAAGGUGCAGACUUGAUGAAAAAGAGCACAUGGUCAAGGCAUUAUGGUAUUUUAUAACCACAGAUGACACCAAAUUGUCACUUCUAACUGUAUAACAGGGAAAGCCUCAAUAGAAAACUACUUUAAUAUAGCUGAGUGAAUUGGUUUAAAAAAAAAAAAAAAAAAACCUUUAUCAAAGAGCAUUUUUUUUUUUUUUAUUCAAAAGCUGAAAAUACUCAGAAAACAAAAAUAGACCUUUAGGGUCAUGUAGAACAAAUUUCCCACACUGUGUGCUCUUAAUACUGUGAGAUAUGAUUUCUAUCCUUAUCUAAGUAGAAGAAUGCAAUUACUGCUGAAGAAAUAAUGGUGAUGGGGCAACUGGGGCUGAUGUAUGAAGGCAGCUCAGCCAGGCCAGUAGCCAUGGGGCCACCUAGACGUAUGGGCCUUUGCCAGGGUAUCUGCCAGUUUGGCUAGACUCAAACACAAAGGGAACAGAAUGGCAGAGUCGGGUGCGUCCUGUGAUCCCCACAGGACGCGCUGCCCGCCUGGAGCAGCACAGACACGGACAGGCCCCACACUCUCAGGUCCGUGGGAGUGCCGGCAGGUCUGCAUCAGAGAGGGAUUUAUAAGGAUCCAAACUAAAGCCUCAAAAUGUUUUCCUACCCAAACUUCCAGUACCUAAACUUACUCUGAAUAAAAAGAGAAGAUUAUAGCAAAUUUCUGUCUGCAUUUAUCACUUAAGUGGCUUGGACUUAAAAUUUUAAUGCUUUCAAAAAAAUAAAAUCCCACAAUUGUAUACCCAAACUUAUGGCUGCAUUUAUUCUAACCGGUAUUUACCCCUCACACACACAUACAUACACAUUCCUUUAGAGCCAUCUGGAAGGGCCAUCCUGGUUGGCUCUUCAACUGGGCUUUGAAGAACAGGUAAAAUCUCUGAUUCUCAAAUUAAAACAGAGCAAAAAGGAUUUCAAGUUGAAAAACUACUGUCCAAAAAGACCAGUAAGUGGAUUGUGUUGGAACAGUGUGUGUGAGAUAGGAGGUUAG